UAACAAUAAUGGUAAACAAAGUUGUAUUUAAAAAUGGAAAUAAAAGAGCCAAAAAGAAAGAAACGAAUAAGAUUAGAACCAAAGUCAUCUUUACCGUUAGUAUUUGGUAGUAAAGGUGAAUUAACAAAAUUUCAUGCAAAUUUAACAUCCUUAGGAUCAUGCAUAGCCGAUCCUACAGAAAUGGAAAUGAUUUUUAAAAUGGGAUAUUUUGGCAAAGGAUCUUUAUCAAAAAGUCAUCCAUCGUUUGGAAGAAUUCGAUAUGGUGCGCCACCCAUAAUUCGUAAUCGCCAAUGGAAACGACGUCAAGAUUGGAUUAGCGAAGUACGAAAACUUAGCAUAGAAUCUUUUUUGGGUGAUGAAAAGAAUGAGAAUGACCAAUCUGAAAAUGAUGAUAAAAUAAAUAAAUAUAAUAAAGAUAAUAGUCACACUGCAGAAAAUGUAGAUGAAAAAUUUAGAGAUUCGAGCGACGUUAACGAAAGAAUUAAUAGUAAUUGUGAUGCAGAUAAUUUAGCGGUUUCAGAAACUCUUCCAAAUAAUGAAAAAUCAACAAAUGAUAUUGAAAUUUUAGAUAAUGAAAUAAAUAAUAUUCAAACUAAUGGUCAAGAUAAUCAAGCACAUAUGGAAAUGGAAGUAGAUGAGGUUGUACUUGAUUCUACGGAAGAAGAAGAUAUUUGUGAAACUAAAGCGGAUAAUCAUCAGCCAAAUAAUUUUGAUAAAGAUAAUUUAAUUGAUAAAUGUCAAGAAGUACAAAUUAUUAGUGAAUAUAACAAAGAUGGUUCUGACUUACAAGGAAAAGUAUUAGUUUUACCAGAUAGUGAUUCCGAUACAGAAAAUUAUUUGACAGAAAUAAAACCAGAAGUAAAACAUGAAAACUUUCCAGUAAGAGAAACUUUACAUCUAACAUUUGAAGAAACAUUUUUUUUAAUGUAUGGUCUUGGAUGUCUGAGAGUUAUAGAUUUUGAUGGGAAAUAUCUUAAUAUCGAAGAAAUAUGGAACUAUUUCUGUAAAGAACAAAAAUGUUUCUUACAAAAAUAUGUUACAUAUCAUUAUUUUCGUAGCAAAGGAUGGGUUGUUAAAUCUGGUUUAAAAUAUGGUGGAGAUUUUUUAUUAUAUAAAGAGGGUCCACCAUUUUAUCACUCUUCCUAUAUAGUAAUAAUAGAUGUUUUGGAUGCAGUCACUUUUAAAAGAAUCGAAAAUAAAACAAUGCGAAAUAUGACAUGGAAUAAAUUUAUCGGCUUAGAAAGAUUGGCAGAAGCUGUUGGAAAAGAAGUUUUAUUUGCACAAGUAUUAUGGCCAUCUUCAGUACCAGUCGAUAUAAUUCCAAUAUCUCCAGAUGUUUUGGCCCAAUUUACCGUUAGAGAAUUAUUAUGGAGGCGAUGGAAACUGAAUCAAGAUAUAUCAUCUAUUAAUUUAGAAGAUGAUGACGAAGAUGGCUAUUCCUCGUAGAUCUUACUGAGAAUAAUUUAAUAAGCAUAUAUUUUAAUAAGUAAGAUCUUCAUAUCAUAUUAAGCAGAUGGUCAACAUUCUUCUUUACAUAUAAAUACUAAGUAAAUUAACAACAAUGUUUCAAGAAAUACUGAGAAAAUGGAUAACAAUUGCAAUUAAAUUCCAAUAGAAAACAGUUAGAAAUUGAAUAGUACAAAGUAAACUUGAAUAUCGUAUAUUAUAAAAA